AUGCAGCUCUUACUUCUCCUCCUCGCCGGUCUUUUUGCGACCCUGACCUCCGCAUGCGGUUUUCCCUUCAACAACAAUCGUCUCACCAACAGCUCCUUAGUCGACGACUUCAUCGCCGACCUGGAAGUAUCUGGACAGCUCGGCGAUAAUGGCGGCCAAGGCUGGAUGUCAGUCAUCAACCAUCGGAUUCCAGAUAAAACGGUCUGGCCCGAUCAGGGCCCCGAAAAUGACCCAUACGUUUGGAUCGAUUACUGCUAUGCCACUGAUAAGGACUACGACGCGUUCCACGACGUCGUGGAGGAGGCAGCAAAAGAGUGGAUGACCAAGUUGGGCAAGGGUAAAGACAAUGGACAUCGAUUUGCUGGAUUCCGUCACUAUUACUACGACGACGACGAAGAGGGAUUUUAUCCACGUUGUGAUGAGGAUGACGAAUGGAACGAAUUCGUCCCCGAAGGUACACUUCUGAUCAAGGAAUCCUGGGAUGAAUCUGCUUCAGCAACUAUUGGAUUCAUCCCAGAGACACAUUUGCUUCUUGUAGUGCGUCCUGCUGACUACGACUUAUGGAAAUGGGAGGUCGCUCAUGAGCUGGGUCAUGUUCUUGGCUUUGAACAUGAGCAUCAGAGGAAGGACCGGGACGACCAUGUCAACUUCGACUGCUCCAAACUCGAGGGCUACGAGACUGCCAAGAAGAAAGUGGAGACUGAGCCCGCGUGGAAGGGGAAAACGAUUGAGGACGUCUGUGGAUCCAACUGGUUGGGAUACAUGCACGGCCUCCAUUUUGCAACCCCAACCGCGUACUGUACCGACAUGGGUCUCGCAAAAGAUAAAACGACACCGUUGGCACAGUACUCGGAAACGGCAUACGACUUCGAUUCUAUCAUGCACUACCCCUCUCGAGCGCACGCUGCAAAUCAGCGAGGUGGCGUCAAUGAGCUACCCCUUGUACGCUGGAAGAAUGGACGUCCCGGUGACGGUUCGGGGCCGAACGAUGAGAACGCACAGAUCAUUCCAUGGUUUACGGCGAUUUCGGAUGGAGAUAAGAGGGGCGUUCAGCACUAUUAUCCAUUUACCCCCGACUCAACAGCAAAAGCUUCAGAUCAUCCACUAGCUAUGGCGGUUUCGGUUGCACUCAAUCUCGACUUAUCGAGCCUCAACGUUAGCACCGGAAACGACGAUACCAAUGUUUCUAGCGACUUCUCGUACGGCUUCUCGCACGCGAACGGCACCAACGGCAACAAUGCCAAACCCCUCCCAAUCGUGAUCGCAGGAGGCGGUUGCGUCGGCCUCUUUCUAGCUCUCCUCCUCGCACAGUCCGACAUACCCAACAAGGUGGUCGUCAUCGAACCGCAGCAGCCAGAUCCUAUGUCGACGCGCGCAAUGGCACAUCAACCGCCUACAUAUCCCAUCUUAUCCAAAGUCGAAGGACUGUUACCGGAGUUGGUGAAGACAGGAAGUUUGAGCUCAGGCCUCUGUUUUCGAACGAGUAUCCAAAACGGCAGCAAAGUGAUCGCAGAAAAAACAUUCGACAACUCAGGCGAAGGCAUGAAAGGAAAAGGACAACUCCUACUACCCCAGGGAAAAUUCCAACAAAUCCUCAUGAAGCGACUCGCAGCCCUCGGUGACGAAAAGGCAGAAGUACGCCUCGGAACCAGCGUCACCUCCUUCAAAUCAACACCCAGCAGCGUCACCGUGCAAAUCACCCCGGAAGCCACCUCAACACAACUCGGGGACGAAUCCCUCGAAGCCGCCUACUUAAUCGACGCAUCCGGCGCCCACUCCACCAUCCGCAAAGACCUCUCCAUCAGCCUCGAAGGCGAAACCCUCGACGCCCAACUCGUAGCCACAGACCUCCACUUCGACUUCCACGCCCACGGCUUCCACGACGCGAACUUCAUCAUGGAUCCGCUUCACUACGGUCUCAUUGGCCGCAUCAAUCACGCCUCCGCCACCGCGGAUGGGAAACCCGCUUUAUGGCGCGUGAGUUACGGGGUCCCGAUUGGUGUGUCUGAGGAGGAGAUUAUGAGGACGCUGGAUGAGAAGUUGGGGGUUAUGAUGCCGGAUGGAGGACGGGAUGGGCAGGGGGAGAAGGCGUAUGAGGUUGUGAGGGUGGCGCCGUAUAAAGCGCAACAGCGGCUUGUUCCGUCGUUGUAUCAUCACGAGGAGCGUGUUUGUCUUGUGGGGGAUGCGGCGCAUUUGACGAAUCCGUAUGCGGGACUUGGUUUGGCGUCUGGGAUGGCGGAUGCGUCUUCGCUCUCUGAGGUUCUCGUUCGGGUUCUUACUAGGAAGGCGCAGGAUGAUGAGAGAUUGUUGAACGCUUGGUCGACGGCAAGGAGAGAGAGCUUUCUCAAUGUUGUGGAUAAGCCUUCGAGGAUGGCGUAUAAGCGGGUUAAGGCUGAUGUCAGCAAUGAUGAGAAGAUACAGGAGAUGAUGAGUAAGGACCCGCUUGUGGGUGCGUUGAAGAAGGGUAUGCCUGUUCAGCCGCCGAGUUUAGAGACGAAGGGUGAGGAAUUGGAGGGGUGGUGA